AUGGCGACGAGCUUGGCAACGGUUGCGGAUGCUCGGGACCCACGUCUGAGCAAGGAGGCCCGUGAGACGACGCAGCAGCCCACAGACGUGCAGAUCGAGCAGUCGAUCCUGCAUGCCGACUACGGCCACGAUCCGAAUGUCUCAUUCGAGGAGUACCUGUACUACGCCAACUGGACCCGCGACUAUGAGAAGACCCUUUCUACCAAGGGACGCGGCAUGAGCUCGCUGCUUUCUGUUCUCAGCGGGAAGAAGCAGGAAGUCGUCACUUUGGACGCUCAAGCGCCUGUCACUGCACCCGCUGUUCAGGCGCAGACUGAGAAGGACAGCAAGGAAUCUGCAGCCGCCCCUCCAGACACGUUCGGCAUCAUUUCUGACUACGAGUGGCAUCAUGCCUCUCGCGCAGCUCGGACAGCAACUUGGGGCGCCGUAUUCUAUCUCAUCACCACCGAUAUCCUGGGUCCAUUCUCUGUCCCAUGGGCUUUCACUCAGCUCGGUUACGGCCCGGGUAUUUCGCUGUAUUUCGUUUUUGCUGCCAUGGCUGGAUUCUCUGGUGUUCUUCUCUGGUGGCAAUUUCUUGGCCUCGAUUCAGACAAAUACCCCGUCAAAAACUAUGGUGAUCUUGGAUUUCGUAUUUACGGCAACUGGUUCCGCUAUAUCAUCAACAUCUUGCAGAGCGGCCAAUUUUUCCUUGGAGUUACACUGCUAAUCGUCACAAACGGGCAGAGCUUGUCUCAAUUGUCUCAAGGACCACACGGAUCGAAAGCACUUUGCUUCACAGCAUGCUUGAUCAUCUUCACCGUGGCAGGCUUCAUUGUCGGUCAGAUUCGGACGAUGCAGAAGUUUGGGUACAUUGCCAACCUCUCCGUAUGGAUGAACGUCUUCGUCAUCCUCAUGACCAUGGGCAUCGUUGCCAACAGUUCUCCUAACUACGAAGCUGUGUACGCAAGCUUCCAGAUACCAAAAGGCCCCAUCAAAACGAGUGCAGGUGCUCCGGCGGGUCUGACCUUUAUCGACAACAUCAACGGCCUGAUGCAAGCCGUUUAUUCUUACGGAGGGGCGACAAUGUUUUGCGAGCUCAUGGCUGAGAUGCGUAGACCGUGGGACUUUUGGAAAGGCCUGAUCGUAGCGGAUACCUUCAUAUUCGUCUGCUAUAUCGUCUUCGGUUUGGUGGUAUAUAGCGAGCAAGGCCAGUUCGCGUACAACCCAGCCUACCAGGGCAUCAAUCCAUACGCAUGGCAGACCGUCGGCAACGUCUUCGCGAUCAUCACCGGCCUCAUUGCCGCAUGCCUUUACGGCAACAUCGGCAUCAAAGUCCUGUACGCUAACGUCGGUCGCAGCGUCUUCAAAUUUCCGGCUCUUGAGUCUCGCGUCGGCAAGUGGAUCUUCGUCGCCCUCGUUCCCGUCUACUGGGGUCUGGCCUUCAUCAUCGCUGCCGCCGUGCCGCAGGUUUCGUAUCUCUCUGCUUUUGUCGGAGCAGCCAUGAUCCUGCAGUUUUCAUACACUUUCCCACCCAUUCUCGCCAUCGGCUUCAAUUGCCUGAAGGACGCCAUCGGCCCUGAUGAAGGCUUUGAUCCUACUACCGGUCGUGUGGUGCGCCACGAUGAGGGUUUGAAGAGGUGGAUGCGUGGGUAUAAGAAGCAGUUUCUCGUCAAUUCGUUCAAUGUCGUUUACUUCCUCGGCGCGGCGACGACGGCGAUCCUGGGAAUCUACGCAAGCAUCUAUUCGAUGCAUCAGCAGUAUGCUGACGCGAACAUUAAGCCCUUCUCGUGCGAUUCCCCGACUGGAUGA